AUGGAAAAAGUUCUGGAAAAAAAAACCAUUGAAUUAUAUAGCGGAAAAUAUUAUGUUACAUGCGCCUUUGGUGGUGUUUUAGCGUGUGGUUUAACACAUACCUUCGUCACGCCACUUGACCUUGUAAAAUGCCGUAGACAGGUCGAUCCUAAACUUUAUAAGGGUAAUUUUGAUGGAUGGAAAAAAAUUUAUCGCGCUGAGGGUUUCAGAGGAUUAUAUACAGGAUGGGUUCCAACUUUUAUCGGAUACUCCUUCCAGGGAGCUGCAAAAUAUGGUUUUUAUGAAGUUUUCAAGAAAAAAUACUCCGAUUUGGCCGGAGAAGAAAAUGCUCACAAAUAUAGAACCACACUCUAUUUGGCUGCUAGUGCGAGCGCUGAAUUUUUUGCAGAUAUUGCUUUAUGUCCAUGGGAGGCAUUAAAAGUAAGGAUGCAAACAAGUACUGUGCCAUUUGCUAGCUCGGCGACUGAAGGUUUCCAAAAAAUUCUUAGAUCAGAAGGUGUAAAUGGGUAUAUGGGAUUUCAAUAUAUUGUAACAUUUCGUCUUACUCCUCUUUGGGCUAGACAAAUUCCCUACACUAUGAUGAAAUUUGCAAGUUUUGAAAGGACCGUUGAAUACAUUUAUAAAUCUCUCGGAAAACCUAAAGAGCAAUACAAUAAACUUGAACAACUUGGAGUAUCAUUUCUUGGUGGAUACAUCGCUGGCGUUUUUUGUGCAAUAGUCAGUCAUCCUGCGGAUACUUUGGUCUCUAAGCUUAAUAAUGUAAAGAAAGCCGAAGGAGAAUCAACCCUUGCUUUAUCUAUCAAAAUCAGUAAAGAACUUGGAUUCACUGGAAUCUGGCGAGGCCUUGGUACUCGUGUUAUCAUGAUUGGUACUUUGACUGCUUUACAAUGGUUAAUUUAUGACUAUGUAAAAGUGUAUGCUGGAUUACCAACUACUGGCUCGAGCGGAGAUAAAAAAUAA